CAGAAUUGCAGCUAGAGCAGCCAUGGAAGCAUGGCAGGUGCACGUGAAGAAGGACUCCUUGCACCUUCCACGCUGCAGCUAUACCACUGGCUUGGUCGCUGCAUGGAAAACCAACGAUGGCUGUUGUGUCAUUGUCUCGGAGUACAUCGCUUUGCUGUGUGCCAUUGGACUUCAAAUCUUUUCUCUCGAGCCAGCAUAUCAAUUCCUUCUUCCAGUUUUUUGUCCCUACUGUGAGGCGGUCCUGCUGGAAGCUGUCUUUCUAAUCAAGAUGAUGUUUGAUGUGAAUGAAACUAUCGACAUCCUGUGUUGGAUUCUUGUGGCAAAGCGUCUGGAAGAUACGGAAAGUUAUGACGGGGUUUCCCCACCAGCACCACGCACUAUCAACUGCAAAGGCAAGAUCCUAAGCAUCCUCUUUUUUGUGCUUCCGAAAGUGGCCAUGGAAAUCUUUCUGAUCCGCAUGGGCACUCACAUCAUUAUUUGGACUGAGGAGGGUGCUUUGCUGAUAAGGUUCCUUUGUGUGAUUUUUGCCAGCGAAUUGGAUGAAUUGGCCUACAAUUCACUCUCAUCCCAGUUGUUUGGAAGAACUUGCAUUUGCUUGAAGGCCGUGACCAUCGAAACUGGGGCCGGCAGGAAGGUAUAUGCACUCCUCUCACUCAUUUGCAAGCUCUUGCUAGGGGGAGUAGCUUGGAUUUGGAUCCGCUGGCAGUUGCAAGUCGCCUGCAAAGACGAGUGACUUGUUUUUCAUUGUUCGUUUUCAAUUCGUUUCACGUACAAAUUUCCUUGGAGUCUUGGAGGCACCGUCGUUCUGCUGGAAUGUUAGAAAAAAACACGAAUAGAGCAAAG